AUGGAGAGCAACACAUCCGAUGGAAAAUGGGACAGUUUACCAGUAAAACUCCAUGACAGCAUAUUACAGACCCUCAGCGAACUGGGGUUUACGUUCAUGACCCCUGUCCAGUCUGCCUGCAUACCGCUGUUUAUGAGCAACAAAGAUGUUGCUGCCGAAGCGGUUACAGGCAGUGGGAAGACUCUUGCUUUCGUAAUUCCAAUUUUAGAAAUUUUACAAAAGCGUGAAGAAAAGCUUAAGAAGAUGCAGGUUGGCGCUUUGAUAGUCACUCCUACACGGGAACUCGCGAUUCAGAUCAGUGAAGUGGUGGGAAGAUUUCUCAAGGGGUUUCCUCAGUUCAAACAGAUUCUUUUGAUUGGUGGCAGCAAUCCUAUUGAAGAUGUAGAGAAGUUCAAGACUCAUGGGGCCAAUAUAGUGAUUGGGACUCCAGGGCGUCUGGAGGACAUGUUCAGAAGAAAAGCCGACGGGCUGGACCUGGCCAGCGCUGUGAAGUCUCUGGAAGUCUUGGUUCUGGAUGAGGCGGACAGGUUGCUCGACAUGGGCUUCGAAGCAAGUCUGAACGCUAUCCUGGGUUGGUUACCAAAGCAACGUCGUACAGGGCUGUUCUCAGCCACGCAGACUCAGGAGCUGGAGAAGUUAGUCAGGGCUGGCCUGCGUAACCCUGUCCGCAUCACUGUGAAAGAGAAAGGUGUUUCCGCCAGCAGCGUACAGAAGACUCCGGCACGGCUGAGUAAUUACUAUACAAUUUGCAGAACAGAAGAGAAGUUUAACACCCUGGUGGCUUUCCUAAGACAACACAAGCAUGAGAAACAGCUGGUGUUUUUUAGCACGUGUGCCUGUGUGGAGUAUUAUGGGAAAGCCUUGGAGGUUUUAGUCAAAAAUGUCACUAUUCUCUGUAUCCAUGGCAAAAUGAAACACAAACGCAACAAAAUCUUCUCUGAGUUUCGGGAGCUGAAAAGCGGGAUCCUCGUGUGCACUGACGUCAUGGCCCGCGGCAUCGACAUUCCGGACAUGAACUGGGUUCUGCAGUACGACCCUCCCAGCAGUGCCAGCUCCUUCGUCCAUCGAUGUGGAAGAACAGCCCGUAUCGGUAACCAAGGCAACGCCCUGGUGUUCCUGCUCCCAAUGGAGGAGUCUUACGUGAAUUUCCUCUCUAUCAACCAGAAAUGCCCUCUGCAGAGAUUCCCUCCCGUUAAAGACGUGGUGGAUUUAUUGCCCAAACUGAAGGCUCUUGCUUUGGGAGACCGCGCCGUGUUUGAGAGAGGCAUGCGGGCUUUCGUCUCCCACGUCCAGGCCUACGCCAAGCACGAAUGUAGCCUCAUAUUUCGAGUGAAAGAUCUCGACUUUGCGGCCUUGGCUCGGGGGUUUGCUCUCCUGCGCAUGCCGAAAAUGCCUGAGCUGAGAGGCAAGACCUUCCCAGAUUUUAAGGAGGAGAUCGCCGACACCGACUCCAUCCGAUAUAAGGACAAGAACAGGGAGAAACAUCGGCAAAAAAUGUUAGCGGAAAGGAGGGAAAGGCCGGCAACAGUCAAGAAGAACUUCGUCAAGAACAAAGCCUGGUCCAAGCAGAAAUCUAAAAAGGAAAAGAAGAAAAAGUUGGCGGCCAAAAGGAAGUUGGAUGAGGAUUCGGACAUGGACGACGAGGACAUGAAAGAGCUUUUAAAUGACACUCGUUUGCUUAAGAAACUGAAGAAAGGCAAAAUCAGCGAGGAUGACUUUGAAAAACACGUGACGUCUGGAGACAAGUCGAAGCACAGGAAAACGCUCUCCCCUCACGAGGAAAGCUCAGAAGGAGAGUAGCACAUGUGUGUCUGUGUAUAUGUACACGUGACGGAGUGUUCAGCUACUCGAGUCACUCAGUGUACAGACUACUGUUUCUCUCAGAUAUGGAAAUAUAUUCCACCAGCAUCAUCCUGACCUUCAACAUCUACGGACUCUGAAGGAAACAGCGGGAAAACAGUCAACGUGUGAACAACUGGAGGACAGUAUUUCUUUUGAGAUUUUUGUAGAGCUCUUCUCAGACUCCCAGGGGACGUAAGUGAUUGAAAAAUAAAACUCUCAACAACAAAAACAACCCGAAAUAAUCGAACUCUUGGGCUUAUAUGCAUCAGAUGUCUCAGAGUGAGUGUGCUGAUCUAGGAUCAGGUUGUCUUGGUCCAUGUAAAUUAUAUUUAUUGGGUUUAUGAAAGGCAAACCUGAUCCUAGAUCAGCAGUUGUACUCAUAGAACACUGAUGCAUACAGUCAUAACAGUAACUAAUUAUAACAAUACACUGAGGUGACACACAAGCCAAGGAAACAGCUCUUUCAGUGGGUGUCUUUGAGCAGAGCAGAUGUUUUACCCUAAAAGUUUUUUUGGUCUUUUUUUUCCCCGUGAACUUUUGUUGUAACAUAGAAUUGAGACCUGUAUAACCUGGGUAAAAAAACCUGGGCAGGGGCGGGAGGGUGGAAUGGAUCUUGUGUCUGAGGAUGG